AUGUAUUUAAUACAAAAAAUAAAAGAAAUAUUUUAUGAGAAUGGAGAAAAUGACAAAUUAGAAAAAAAAAAAGAAAAAAAGAAAGUUCGUAUAAGCGAAUUAAAUGAUGAAAUAUGGAUUUAUAAAAAUGAUUUUAAUAAGGAACACCCAAGUGAAGAAUAUGAAAUUGAAAGUGGAAAUGAAGAUGAAGAUGAAAAUGAAAAUGAAGAUGAUGAUGAUGAAGAAAAUAUAAAAAAAGAAAAGGAACAUUUUUUGGAAGUACCUUUAUUUGAUGAAGAUGAAUAUGGGAGAGACAUUAAAAAAAAUUUAAGAAAUAUUCCAUAUAAGAAAAAUACAUUAAAAAAAAGAGAUGAUGAAUCAGAAUUAAGCGAUGAAAGUUUAAGUACUACUGAUGAAGAAGAUGUAGAAGAACCCUUUCUAGAUUUAUAUGAAGAAUUAAAAAGAGAACAAAGCAUAACAGAAUUUUACAAUCCAAUGUUAAAACCUCGUUUAUGGCAUUUUGAAUUUUUUAUAAAAUAUAUCCAUAAUUUAGAAAAUCAAAAGCAAAAAAAUUUUUAUUUAGUAUCAUUUGGAAAUACUAAAAAAAUAAAACUUUAUGAUAUACUAAAAGACGAAGUUUUGUAUACCCCUGGGUAUACAAUAGAACCAGGGGAGAUUAAAUAUUUAAGAAUCCCACUUCCUAUAUGGUCUAAAAAGGAGCUUAGUAUAUCAUAUAAUGACUUACAGAAUUUUGAAAUAAAUAUUGAAAUGUGGGGAAUAAAUGGAUUUAUAUUUAAUGAUUUAUAUGCAACUUCUAAAAAAACAUUAAAAGAAAUUAUUGAAAAUGAACCAGAUAAUAAUAUAAUUUUAAAAAAAAAAAUUGAAAAACAAAAUAUUACUUUUGAAGCACAAUGCUUAGGAGUCUAUAUGCAAUUAUCAGAAAUAUUUGAAUUUCAUAUGGCUUUGGAUAGUUGGUGGUUUAUAUCAAGUAGCGAAAUGCCAAGUUAUUUGAAAAAACUUCCGAAAUUUUUAAGGUUUAAAUUUCCCUUAAAUGAAAAGGAUUGGGUAAUUCAUAGUUCAUAUAAAUCAUCAAAUAAUUUUUGGCUUUACCCAGGAUAUUUUUGUUUUAUUGGAACUCGUCAGCAAUUAGCUAAUUCCUUUUUUAUUCUUACUGUUUUAUGUUACAAUUCUAAAUAUAGAUAUAAACCUCCUAUUUUAUUAGGAUCUUGUAUAAUAUCACUCAAAUCUGUAACAGAAUAUCCUUUUUUUAAAGGAAUAGUAAAAAAAUUAACAUUAGACAAAACAAGAUUUAGACAAGGAGAAAUUGUAGGUAAUAUUAAAUGUUUUGCUAAAAGUUAUGGAAUAAAAGAAAUUGAAAAAAAUAUUCAAAGACCAUGUCAACCAUUUAGUGAUGCUACAUUAGUAAAUCAAUUAAUUUUAAAUGAUCACUAUUUAGUAAUAAGAGUAAUUAAAUGUGAAAAUUUGGCUAUAAGUAGUGUUGAUUUAAAUAAUGUUAAUAUAAAUGUUUGGGUAAAGUGGGAUGGAAUGGUAAAUAAAACUGAUACAGUAGCAAAAACCACUUCCCCAUUUUUUUAUCAAAAUUUAUAUUAUCCUAUACGAUUAGUUGAUAGUAAAGAAUUAACUAAUGAAAACUUGAUAAGAAAUGUAUUGCCAAUUGAUUUAAUUUCUAAAGGAGAAAUUUGUUUUGAAGUUCAUAAUAAUAAUGAAAUAUAUUCAACGAUUUUGGGUAUUUUUGAACUUCAUUUUGCUGACAUAUUUAAUUAUGGAACUCUUGAUUAUAGAUCUUUAGCUCAGGCCAAUCCCAAAAGUAGUUCUAUGUAUAAUGAUUACAAAGAAAAUUAUGAGGUACCUAAUAGAACCACUGAUAAUACAAAUGAUAAUUAUGAUGAUUAUUAUGUUAAAAAUUAUAAAACGAUAGUCUAUAAAAAUACAUUAGAAUUAAUGUAUUCUAAGGUUCAUUUAAAAUCAUUAAACAAAGAAAAUAUUCAAACAAAAAAAGAAUCAACAAUUACGAUAGAAGCAUAUGUUAUUCCUCCUCUUCCGAGUAAUCUAGUUUUUUUUAAUGAAAAUAAAGCAACUAAUUCUUCAUUAAUAUAUAAAUCUUUAUCAAAAAGGUGGGAAAAAGAUUUCUCAAAGUUUAAUGAUACGUAUCUUCAGUGGUUUCCAAAAUCUAUUAGAAAUAGAAAUUUCCCAUGUGUAAGUAAAAAUGAUUUUGAUAAUAAUGUUUAUCCAUUGUGUAGUUUUGUUACUUCAAUUAACUUACCUGCUCAGGUAUCAACUCCAGGUCCUCUGUUUCAUUGGUUAAAUAAUAUUGAGUAUAUAGGAAAUGACGAUGAAUCUGCAAUUUUUACUCCACCUUAUUUUUUUUUAUCAUAUAAAAAAGGAACAAUACAGGAUCAUGUUCUUUUAUUAUGUUGUUGCUUAAAAGGUUUAGAAUAUGAUGCAUAUGUUUGUAAAGGUACAAUUAAUAAUGGGAAAAAAGUGCAUUACUGGGUUAUGACUAGACAUGAAAAUGGAUGGAUUUGUUUUUGGGAAGUUACAAAUAAAUCAAUUAUACAUUUAAAAAAUAGAUGGAAUAAUAAGAAUUUUUUAAAAAAUUCAGAAAUAAUUAAACAAAAUGAAAUGCUUAAUAAAAUAAAAGAAAAUAAUGAAGAAAAAUAUUACAACGGAGAAUAUUUAAUGAAUUUUGUUAGAUAUGGUUUAGAAGAAUUAAAGAGAAUAGAAAAAGAAAUUAAAGAAGAUUAUGAUUUAAAAGAAGAAAAUGAAUUAUAUACUAUGGAUAUUUGUGGAGAAUAUAAUACGAAAGAUGAAAAAGUAGACAUUGAAGAAAUAUUAUGUAAUGAUGAAGAUUUUUUUAAUAAUAUGUUUGAAAUAAAGUAUGAAAAAACUGAUUCAUAUAAUUGUAACAAAGCUUUAAAAUAUUUAUUAGAAAAUUUCUCAAAAUAUAUACCUAUAUCUCCAAAAAUGUUUCUAAUUGAUUAUGAAAACACAUUAGCUUACGUACCUUAUACUUCUAUUGAAAUUGUUUUUAAUGAUGAACAGUUAUAUGGUAAUAUGCAAAACCAUCAUCCUGCUUGUAUUUUAUAUGAUUUUGAAAAUAAUAAUCAUUGGCGUCCUUUACUUAAUCAUUCACCAGUUUCUAUUAAAAAUGAAAUUACUAUUUCUACUCCUUUAAGUGAUAAACUUUCAGCAAAAUAUGCUUAUGAUUUAGAAGAAGAAAUUAGGGAGAUGAUUCUUUUUGUUAGAAACAAAGAAGGUUUAGAAACAAAAUUUGAAGACUCAUCAGAAAUAAGAUAUUUUUUAGAAAUGUAUAUAGACUUGUGUGAAUAUAAAUUAAACUUAGAUAAUAAUUAUAAUACGAAACCUGAAAAUUAUGAAAAUAUUGAAAAAAAAAAUGAUAACAAAAACGAUGAAAAUAUAAAAAAAAAAAAAAGAAAAGGAAAAAAAAAUGAAAAUGAAGUUAAAAAGACAUGGUCUCAAUAUAAAAAUGAUUUUUAUCCAAAUAUAGAAGCACAAUAUGUAAAUAAAGAUGAUUUGAAUUUUUAUAAUUCUUAUUAUCCCACUGAAAAUGUUGUAAUGAUGAAUAAAGAACAAAAAAAACUUUUAACUAAUAUUCCUGAAGAUUAUGUGUGUGGAAUGAAUGAUGAAAUUUAUGGGAAUGCAAAAGAACAGUAUAUAAGAAAUUAUGUUUUUAAUAAAGAUAGUGAUAAUAUACUAAAUAAUUAUAAUGAUAAAGUUAAAAAAAAAAAUAUAAAACGUUUUCAUAAUAUUCCAGUACAUUAUAAGGAAAAACUUGAAGACAUAAGUGAAGAUCAAAAAAAUGAAUAUGAUGAGUUUCGUAAAUUGAAAACAAACAAGUUUUUAAAAAAUAAGUUUAUUAAGGAAAAUAUGAAUAACAAUAAAAAUAAAAAAGAAUACACUAACGAAAAUGAUAAAAAAAAAAGUGAAAAAGAAAAAAAAAAUUAUAAUCAUUAUGUUGUAACGGAAUAUAAUCAUAAAAUUAAUGAUCAUUUAAAUAGAUAUAAUGAAGAAAAUCACAUAAAAUAUACAAAAAAAAAAAACAAAAUAGAAAAAGAUGGGUUAUAUGAAGAUGAGAUAGAAAGUGAGCAUAAUGAAGAAAAUGAAGAAGAACUAUAUAAAGAAAUUAAAGAAAAAUAUUAUUAUGAUGAAGAAGAAGAAGAUAAUAUUAAAGAGGAUAUAUAUUAUAAAAAUAAUGAUGUUCCUAAUAAAUUUAUAAAAAAAUACGAUAAACAAUAUGAUAAUUUGUUUAGGUUAAUAAAAAAUUUAAAAAAAAAGGAAAAAAUUAUAAAAGAAGAAUUAAUAGACUUAAAAUUGAAAAAUAAAAGCUACCAUCAAGGAAAACUAAAUAAAGAAACAUUUUGUAAUUUUGUGGAUACUCAGGAAUUUUUAAUAAAUAAAUUAAGAAAUAAAAAUUUUGAAAAAAAACAAAAUAAAAAUAAUAAUUAUGAAGAAUUAAUAAACACGUAUACAUCUUCCGAUUAUUUAAAAUAUAAGAAUAAAAAUAUGUUUAAUGGUUAUUUUAUUAUUCCAUCAAGACAAAUUUAUACAGAAAAUAAAAAUGAAUAUAAUAAUAACCAACAAACUUUAGAAAAUAAAGAAAAUAAGAAAAGUACUAUUUAUUAUUCUUUUGAAAAAAAAGAAAAGAAAAAUAUGAAUGAAAUAGAGAAAAAAGGAAAAAAUUGUUUAAAUGAAAAAAAUAUAAAUAGUUCAAAAAAUCUAUUAGUGAGUGACACGAAUAAUAUUAACGAAGAUAUCAUAAGUAGAAACAAAUAUAAGAAAAUUAGUUAUAAUAAAAAGAAUAUAAAAAGAUAUCAUAAGUUUGAUCAAAAUUUAAAUACAUUAUUAAAUAAAUAUGAGAAAAGACGUAAUAUAAAGAUGAUAAAAAAAUGUUCAUAUAAUAUACAAAGAUAUUUAAACAGAUAUGAUAUGACAAGGGUUAAAAAGAAAAGACAUAAGAUUAAAUUUUUUUUAUUUAAAAGUAAUUCUAACAAAAUUAAAGAAAAUAAUAUACCUUUUAAAAAAAAAAACUCACAUCCUUUAAAAUAUAAUACAAUAAUGAAAAAAAAGAAUUUUAUUUCAUCAAGUGAUAAGGAAAUCGUUUCUUUGAAUAAAAAUAAAAGAUUCAUUUUUCAACGUAAUCACAAAAUGUAUAGAGAUAAAAAUAUAAGGGAUAUCAAUGACGAUCAAAUUAUUGGAAUAUACGAGGAUAGAGAGCAAAUUAAAAAUGCAAAUGAGAAAAUAAUACAAAGGUAUGCAGAAUACCCUGUUAUAGAAAAUAAUAUGAUUAAUAAUAAAAUUAAUAAAACAAAUCUAAAUAAUUUUCAAGAAAAAAAUUUAAAAAAUGAAUCUUCACAAAGUGUAAGUUAUGAUAAAGAAAAAGAAGAAAAAGAAUCUUUUACAUGCCCACCCAAAACAUGGUCAAGAUUAGAUUUAACAUCCAAAUAUGUUGCUCAUCAAAUUUCUCAAUGGAAUUGGUAUUAUUCAUUGGAAGAACAAUAUUUUAAUUGGCAAUAUUAUAAAUUUCCUGUUCCACCUAAUCACACAUUUGUUGGUUUUCCAAUUCAUUUUUCUACAAUUGAUGUGACUGAAGUAAAAACAUUUUUGUUACACUCUAAAAGAUUUGAAAACAUAAUGAAACUUUCAAUUGAUAAUAUUUCAUUUCUAAUAUAUUGCAAAGUGUAUCCUUUAAUUGGUGGAGUUAUGUCAAAUUGGGUUUUCUUAGGUUGUUUGGUUCCAUGGAUGACUGCACAGGAAAGAGAAACCAAAAUAAAGAAAUCUCCAAAAAAAGAUGUUAAUAAAAGAUAG